GCAAAGGGCAGCUGUCAAAAGCGAUAGAAAAAGGCGAAGGAAAAAUUUUCUCUCGAUGUGGAGCGAUAACGCUUUUCCGUCUGGCGUGUUUUGAUACAAUUUUCCUUUCCAAUUUCACAUUGAAACCAGUGAAAAAGUGUAGUGAUCGCAAGGGUAGUGCUUCCGCAUUGUGUUGAGCAGCGAGUGAAAUGCUGUGGCCACAGUAGUACACGCAAAACCGCAUCAAACACACAGGGCACAACAACAACAUCACUCACACACGCACGCACGCACGCACACGGGGUCACGGAGACGGCAGCGCGAUGUCGCUUUUCCGGAAACCAAAGAAACCCAUCCAGCGGCGCGUUUUUAGCGGCUACGAUGAUGAGGACGAGGAAAACCAUAUCGCAUCCGGCAAGGAUUCGGGCCCGCACGGCGUCGGUAACGGCGGCGACAAUGGCAGCAACAGCAGUCGACCGACACCGAUGGAUACCGAGCCCGCACCGGAAGGUCCGGCGGUGGCGGUUGUGUCGACCGCGUCGGAACACCGCAAGCGAAAAGAACACCGUGCGGAAUCUUCCUCUAAGGGUUCGCUUAAGGCGAUUCCGAACACCAAACCCUCUUUGCUUAGUUUCGACGACGAAGAGGAGGGCGAAGUUUUCCAAGUGAAAAAGUCCUCCCACAGCAAGAAGGUGAUGAAAACGCUCGACAAGGAACGGCGCCGGAAGCGACACAUGGAGAAGAGCAAUGGCACACACGCAUCGACGGGACAGACCGGGCACGGUGCGGACCAGGGCCGACCGACGAACGCUUCCCGAAAGCACCAGCAGCAGCACCGUUCGGCUUCGCCACCGUCGGCCACGGGGUCGUCGUACCGCAACGACAGUAAUGAUAAGAUAAAAAGAGAAAAGUGUGAAAAUUCUAGCUCUAAUAUCCAAACAGAAAUACGCACAGACGACUUUGUGCUGGUGGUCAAGAAAUCGGACCCGGAGAAUAUGAUUCUGAACGGGCGGGCAGCCCUGUGCGCCGGGCGGAACGAUAUGUCUUCGGAGGAUGAAACGAACGAGGAGGAGGAGGAGGAGGUGGAGGAGCGCGCCGGUGGCCGGAUGCAGCAUCACCAUCGGUUUGCGAAACCGCAGGACAACUUUCGGAUGUGUCUCGAGAACGGUGUCAUACCGGACGCGGCCAUGAUUCAUGCAGCUCGCAAACGGCGCCAGAAAGCGCGCGAGCAAGGCGAAUUCAUACCGGUCGAGGAACCGAAGGAGGAGAAGAGUAAAAAGCGAACCGUACAGGAGGACGGAGACGGGGACGGUUCGGAUGAGGACGACGAUCGGAUCGACAUGUCCGCGAUAACCGGUGCCAAAGAGCGCGAGGAGCGGCGGGAGCAGUUUUACGCCGUCCAGCGUGAAGACUCGGAUGCGGAGGACUCGGACGUAGAAACGAAGGAGUGGGAAAAUCAACAGAUCCGCAAGGGUGUGACCGGCGCCCAGCUCGUUUCGGCCCAGCAAGAGUCCGUAAUCUCGCAGUACUUAAUUGGCAGCAGCUUCAGCCAAACGUUCCAAAACAAAUCGGCCCCACUGCUGGACGAUCAACCACGGGUUGGUGCUGAUGGGGCCAGUGACUACCGUGCCCUUUCCACAGCGGCCCUGCUCGAGAAAGCUUACGCAGCGUCCAGCGGUAUCCGUCUCGCGGGUAAUAGCAAGCGCUCGCAUGCACCAUCGGGCAGCGGCGGCGUUGGGCUGCUGACGAAGACAACCGACCCGAAACCGACUGGUCCGCGGAUGCCGCAACAGAUUCUAGCACAGCUAACGGAACGGCACCGAACGACGGCCGAGUUGAACCGGAAGCACGACGAGGACAUUAAGCAGAUUACGCACGACAUCCAACUGCUACGGAUGGAUCAUCUGUCCUGCGAGCAAAAGGCGCCGGUUGCUGCGGCCAAGUACCGGUUCUACCAAGAGUUUCGCUGCUACGUGUCCGAUUUGGUGGAGUGCUUGAACGAAAAGGUUCCGCUCGUGACGGCGCUCGAGCAGAAGGCCCUCACGCUGCUGGGCAAACAUUCGGCGAUGCUGAUUGAACGACGCCGGCAGGAUAUGCGCGACCAGGUGAAGGAAGUGUCCGACGCAAACAAACCGGUCAAGCGCGUUGGUCCAGAAGAUCAGGAGCGUGUCCGGCGGGCGGCAGAACGCGAGGGACGGCGUACACGGCGCCGCCGAGAUCGGGAGAAGAGCGAAACGUCCGACAGCCACUUCGACGGUAUGUCGAGCGAUGACGAAAUCCCGGACAUGGAAGCGGCCCGCUACCGUUCCGCACUGCAAGCGAUCGAGCUGGAAGCGAGAGAGGUGUUUGCGGAUGCGGCGGAAGAGUACGGCGAGGUUGCCGGCAUACUGGCGCGGUUCGAGCAGUGGCGCCAGCAUGAUAUGCCCGCGUACAGUGACGCGUACGUGAGCCUGUGCCUGCCGAAAAUCCUUGCCCCGCUUAUCCGGCUCGAGCACGUCAGCUGGAACCCGCUGACGGUGGAUGCGUUGGUAGAGCUGGAGAACGAGCGGUGGUACCGCACGGUCGCGCAGUACGGUUGCUCGGCCACGACGGAGGCGACGCUGGCCGCGGAUCCCGACGUACGGCUUCUACCGACGCUGGUGGAGAAAAUCUUCCUGCCCAAGCUGACGGCACUGGUCGAGCAGUACUGGGAUCCGCUGUCCACGACGCAAACGUUCCGGCUGGUGCGGCUGCUGAAGCGGUUCGUGCGCGACUAUCCAUCGCUCAAGGGCACGUGCAAACCGCUCCGGGUGCUCUUCCAAGCGAUACUCGACAAGCUGAAGCAGUCGAUCGAUAACGACGUGUUUAUUCCCAUCUUUCCAAAGCAAGCGCAAGAGGCCAAAUCGUCCUUCUUUCAGCGGCAGUUCUGUAGCGGGUUGAAGCUGCUGCGCAACAUCACCAGCUGGCAGGGCAUUUUAGCCGAUGCCGCGCUGAAGGAGCUCGCGAUCGGAUCGCUGCUGAACCGGUAUCUACUGAACGGGAUGCGUGUCUGCUCGCCGGUGGACGCGAUCGCGAAAGCUUCCACCAUCGUGUACACGUUGCCGCGCGUCUGGCUCACCCCCGGUGCGUCCGUCGUCCAGAGCAUGGAUCAGUUUAUCAGCAUGCUGCGCCAUUUGCAAUCGCAACUAGAUCCUGCCCUUCCGCCAAAUGGCGAACUAGCCGAACAGAUUCGCAAAAUUCUAACAAGCCUGCAUGUGGUUUCAACGUCUUCAGCGGUAUCGUGAAGCUAUGCAUACAUAAUGCACACAUACAUACAUAAUGCAAAUGUCGAUUUUCGAUCAAUGUUUCUAAUAUGAUACGUUCUUUUACUAAGGAAAUAAAGUGCUACCGAUCGUUUUGAAUGAACGGAAACAGUAA